AUGUAUAAAUGCUUAUAAGUAAAUCAUGAAAACGAAGCCAUAAUAGGAUUUUGUUUUAAUUCUAAGUGUUAAUGUGCUUCCUAAUAUUGUAUCAAAUGCUUAAUUGAAUUACAUUAAGGUCAUCAAUCUGAUUGCAUUGGAUUAUUAACAAUUCCUGAUUUUAUAAAUAAAUAUAUUUCAUAUUAGAGUUAAUAGAUAAAAAAUUCAAAAGAUAUCUACUUUCGAGUAGAAAAGAAGAUUGUUUCAAAAAUGAAAAGAAUGGAUGAAAAUAUUUAAAAUCUAAAAAUUUUGGAUUAAGCAUUACAAAACGAGGAUUACAUCAAAUUAAAAUCAUCAAUCAAUAUUAUAAAAAAAUACUAUAUAUAAGAAAUAUAAAAUGAAGAAGGUUAAUAUUUUAUUUAAUAUUUUUAGAUUAAUUCAUAAAUUAAUUAAAAGAAAUCGAAAAGAUCUUAGAAUUAUAGGAAAAAAAGUAAUAUGAAUUACAAGAAGCAGAAAUACUAUUCCAAUAGGCUAUGUAAUUAACACAUCAAGGUAAACACCAAGAGGCUCUGAAAAUUUAUGAUAAUUCAUUGUCUCUAUUAAAUAUAAUAGAUAAGAUAUUUACAUGGAAGGGUAUGAUAAUUAAUUUAUUAUUCUAGGUCAAUCAUUAUUAUCUUUAUAAAGAUUAUAAGAAGGAAUUAAAUGUUGUGAUUUGGCAAUUUAAUUAAAUCCUAAAAAUGAUAUGGCGUACAACAAUAAAGGUAUAAUUAUUAUUGAUUCAUAAUAAAUAGCUUGGGCAUUACAUAAUCUAAAUCGAUAUAAAGAAGCUAUUGAAUGUUGUGAUAAAGCUAUUUAGUUUAAUCCUCUGAAUGAUAUGGCUUUUAAUAAUAAAGGUAUUCCUUUGAUAAAUUAAAAAUAAAUAGGUUGGGCAUUAAGCAAUUUAAAGUAAUAUCAUGAAGCUACUGAAUGUUAUGAUAAAGCAAUUUAAUUAAAUUCACUUAACGCUAAUGCUUAUAACAAUAAAGGUUCAUUAUUUCAUUUUAUUUAUUAGCUUAUGCUUUACAUCUAAUUAAAGAAUUUCAAUAAGCAAUAGAGUUUUAUGACAAAGCUCUAUCAAUAAAAGAAAAUCCUACAUUUUUAAAAAAUAAAGGUAUUAAAGUCUUAAAUUAAUUAUUUAAGCUGAAUCAUUACUUGCUUUGGGAAACAAAUAAGAAGCUAAAAUUAUUUUUGAGAAAGCUCUUAAUGCAGGAUAUGUAGAUCAAGAAUAUAUAAGGAGAUAAUUAUUAAUUUUAUGA